AUUCCGAUUCCCCUCGCCGCUCGCUCGCUGGCUGGCUGUUCCCCACCACCACCGCCCCCAAUCAAUCCCUCCUCCCACACGCCUCCCCUCUCCCACCCCUCGCCGCGAGAUCCUGCCCAAAUCCCGAUCCGGCGGCGCCAUGGGCGGCGGCAAGGACCUCACGGACGACCAGAUCGCCUCCAUGCGGGAGGCCUUCUCGCUCUUCGACACCGACGGCGACGGCCGCAUCGCGCCCUCGGAGCUCGGCGUCCUCAUGCGCUCCCUCGGCGGCAACCCCACGCAGGCGCAGCUCCGCGACAUCGCCGCGCAGGAGAAGCUCACGGCCCCCUUCGACUUCCCGCGCUUCCUCGACCUCAUGCGCGCCCACCUCCGCCCGGAGCCCUUCGACCGCCCGCUCCGCGACGCCUUCCGCGUCCUCGACAAGGACGCCUCCGGCACCGUCUCCGUCGCCGACCUCCGCCACGUCCUCACCUCCAUCGGCGAGAAGCUCGAGCCCCACGAGUUCGACGAGUGGAUCCGCGAGGUCGACGUCGCGCCCGACGGCACCAUCCGCUACGACGACUUCAUCCGCCGCAUUGUCGCCAAGUGAUUCCGGUCCUUACAGACGAUUUCAUCUGCUUCGCUUUGGUUUCGUUUCCUUUCCUUUCCUUUCCUACUAUCAUCUGAUCUGAUCUUGUCUCGUUUCAAUUUGCCCAUCACUUCUACUAUUCUCUUCUCCUCUCUCUCUCUUCCGUGCUUUCAUUUCGGAACUGCUGCUGUGCCUACCAGGGUUUGGAUAAAUGGAUGGAUAAUGGUGUGCGUGUGUGUUUGUCGACCGACCGAUCAAUUAAUUAAUGGAUCUCGCUGAUGAUGCUUUGCUUAGCUACAUGUGAUGUAAUACAGCUCUUUUUUUUGCAAUGUAAAGUGUGGAUCUGUUUCGGUGUUUCCUUCAUCACUGUUUCGCUAUCUUGCUUAAUUGAUGCUACCAUUAUUGCAA